CAAAAUCCCAUUUUCGCCAGCACCGUUUUUUCUGAAGACGAUCUAACUUGAGAAAAAAAGAUGAGUCUCUCUGAUAAGGACAAGGCUACGGUGAAGGGCAUCUGGGGUAAGAUCAGCCCUAAGGCCGAUGAGAUCGGCGCUGAAGCCCUGGCCAGAAUGCUGACCGUCUACCCUCAGACCAAGACCUACUUCUCUCACUGGGCUGACCUGAGCCCCGGCUCUGCUCCAGUGAGGAAGCACGGCAAGGUUAUCAUGGGUGCCGUCGGCGAAGCCGUUACAAAAAUAGACGACCUUGUGGGAGGUCUGGCCGCCCUGAGCGAACUUCAUGCUUUCAAGCUGCGUAUCGACCCGGCCAACUUCAAGAUCCUCGCACACAACCUCAUAGUGGUCAUCGCCAUGCUCUUCCCUGGAGAAUUCACCCCAGAUGUUCACGUGUCAGUUGACAAGUUUUUUCAGAACUUGGCCCUGGCUCUUGCUGAGAAGUACCGCUAAACUUCCAGUGGGCAUCCAUGGGCAAGACUGUGCGGCACCCCUAACCAACUUAUGCAUGAUGUCUGAAUAACAUUUCUCAAUAAACGGCACAGAACUGAA